AUGAGGGGGAAUAAAGUCAGGCAGUUGAUGACUAAUAAAUUUCAAAACUGGGAUUUUUAUUCCAGUCCUAUUACUGAAGGUAGAAUAUUGAUCAUAUGGAGGAAGAUCUUGCUCAAGGUUAUUGUUCUAGAGGAGACAAAUCAAUAUGUUCACUGUUAUAUUAAAAUGGCUGGUCAGAAACAUCCUUUUAGUGCUACAUUUGUGUAUGGGCUCAAUACUAUGGAGGAACGAAAGAUCCUAUGGCAAAGUUUACCAAGGCUUUCUCUUCUAGCCUCUUCUUGGGUUAUAUUAGGAGACUUUAAUGCAAUUUUUACAACAAAGGAUAGGAAUGGAGAUGGGUCUGUUCGCAUAUAUUCUAAGAUAGACCAUGUUCUUGCUAAUGAGGAGUGGCUGGAUUUUUUUCCUAAUACAACAGCUAUGUUCAGUUGGGAAACAGUUUCAGAUCACUGCUCUUGUACAAUUUCUAUUCUGGCUGCUAAAGAUCACUAUCAGGCUGCGCUUUUCCAAGCUCAGCAACACCCCCGAGACUUUACUCUUCAAGAUAAAGCCAAGGCUGCUGCUGAUGCUUUUAUAAUCCAGGAGCAUAUGUAUCACAGUUUCUUGGCUCAUAGAAGCAAGCUUACUUGGUUAAGGAAGGGUGACAUGAAUACUGCCUAUUUUCGUGCUUGUUUGAAAAAGCGCAAGGAGGAGAAUAGAAUAGCUACUUACAUAAUUGAACAAGGUAGGGUGGUGGAUAAUUUUUCUGAAGUGGUUUCUAAUUUUCUGAAUUACUUAAAAAGUUUUAUGGGUAGCCUUAGUUCAGCUACUAAGAAGAUAAAUAGACAGUGUGUAAAGAUGGGAUCCAAGCUCUCAAUAGACCAGCAGAUUCAAUUGUUGAAGCCUUUCUCUCAUAAGGAAAUACGCGAUACUAUAUUUAGUAUUCCCAAUACCAAAUCCCCGGGUCCAGAUGGGUUUGGCUUUGCUUUUUUCAAGGAGUUAUGGCAGGAAAUUGGCAGUGAAGUUUGCAGAGUAGUAGGUCAGUUUUUUGAGACAGGUAGAAUUCCUGAGGAGCUUCUUAAUACUACUCUGUCUUUGGUCCCUAAAACUGAUAAUCCUUCUCAGGUUGUGGACUAUAGACCUAUUGCUUGUUGUUCUACCCUUUGUAAAUAUGAUCUGAUUUUGUUCUGUAGAGGUUCUCUUUCAGUUGUUAAAGUGGUCAAGGGUGCUCUAGGGGAUUUCAGUUCUGCUACUGGGCUCCAAAUUAAUGCUAGCAAAUCUCAUAUAUACUUUGGGGGAGUUUCUGCUGAGGACAGACAGAUGAUAGUUGCUGAGAUACAGCUUUCUGAAGGCACCUUUCCUCUUAAGUAUCUUGGUGUCCCUAUGAGACCAACCAAAUGGAAGCAUGAAGAUUGUGACAUUAUCAUCCAAAAGAGCAAGAUUCAUGUGGCUUCUUGGUCGAAGGUCUGUCUGCCUAAAGCUUAUGGAGGUCUUGGGUUUAGAAAUGGUUCUGUUUGGAACCGUGUCAUCUUAGCAAAAUCUAUAUGUGCUAUUUCUGAGAAGCAUGAUGUGCUUUGGGAAUUAAGAAGGAAGCUUGGGAAUUUAGCUUGGUUAUGGCUUGGUGAAGAGAUUCAACAGCAAAGCUUUAUUGAGAGUCAUUCCCAUCUGUUCUUUGACUGCCAUCUCUCCAAACAGGUUAUGGAGCUUAUCUUUGAUUGGAUGGUUUUUAAAGCUUGGUCUAUUGAGUUUGCUGGUUGGAAGGUCUGGCUUACUAGCAGAAAACCUGGUCUCCUGUUUUCUCUCACUAACAUGAUAUUGGCAGCUGCUGUCUACAACAGAUGGAGGAAUCGAAACAGAUGUAUUUUUGAUAGAUUUUCUUGGGCGGCUGUUGGGAUGCAAAAAUCUUUUGAGAAAAAGAGUAGUUGCAUUGAAACCAUAGCGAAGAGGAAAUUAUGA